AUGAGCCGACGACAGUCGCGCGUAUCUCUCGAUGCCCGACAAAGCGAUACCCUGCUCGAGUUCGAGAACUUCAAGAAGAAGUUUCUGCUCGCCAACAAGCACAUUACGAAACUGAACUCAACCUUGAGCGCGCGCAUAGAGGAACUCAAUGCCCAGAUAUCACAGCUCUACGUCGAGAACCUCCGCCUCCGGGCCUCGGAGAUUGCACUUUCCUCGCAGUUGAAGAAGGAGAAGGAGAAGUCGCGGAAGAUUCUGGCAGAUACGGAGUGUGCGACCCACUCUCUCCUCAAGCAGCUGGGGCUCAUCCGCAAGUCCUCUGGCGUCUCACAUUCGCGAACACCGACCCCCGAGUCCCAUCCACACCCGCCACGCGCGAAACGACCCAUCCCUGAUCCCAACGUGUCCCCACCGCCUAACCGCAUCGCCCGUGCUCCCACAGUUCCUGUGCUCGUUGAAGACGAUGAACCCAACCCGUCCGGCCCCGAAGAUCCCGAGCCCGAAGCCGAGCCGAGCCCACUUGCCCGCAAACGCAAGUCCAAGUCCCGCGCAUCGAGUUCGGCUCCCAGUCGUCUUCCCGUCCCUGCGUGUCAGCCGCCCUCUCCUCCUGCGUGUCGAUCCGAGUUCGACGAUGAGCUCGGCAAGACCGGGAAGCGGCGACCCACGCGCCGGCAGAGUGGUCUUCUGACAGGUCUGUCCAUCUCAACCGUCGACGGACUCCCUCGCGCGUCCAGUCCCAUCCCCGAUUCCCCAAUCCGAUGUGUCCCGGACGACGAUGACGACAUCCCGGAGCCAGACGAGGACGAAGUGGAGGCCAUCCUCCAGGCCGUGACCAAACGCGAGCGCAAGAUGAGGAAGGAGCGGUCGAGCUCCAAGGCGCGCGAAUCAGAUACCGACGUGCUGGAUGCGCUCAUCGAGCCGCCUCGUCCGCGCGAGCGGAAGAAGCACCGCUCUUCCGAGGACCAGUCCAACCCCGUAGAGGGCGGCAAAUCGAAGCUCAAGGACGUCACGAACUCGCAAGUGCGUGCGUCCCUCGCGCCAAUCAACACUGCGUCUGGAGAUCGCGAUCGUCUGCGCACACCGGACACUGAGGCCCCGACAUCUGCGACGAGCAUGGCGAGCACGUCGACACGCAACUUCUUUACCACCCCUGCGACCACCCCCGCGAUGAGUUCGAAGCCUCUUUCGCAAUCUCAACUCCCCACGCCACGCUCGUCAAGUCCCAUCCCGCCACCACCCCAGGCCGAGUCGGAGAUCACUGGUGGCAGAGAACGGAGGGUGCGGAAGAGCGUGAACUACGCCGAGCCCAAGUUGAACACGAAAAUGCGUAAACCCGACCCUGUCCUUCAGACAUCCUCCAAGCGCUCGUCAACAGUCGGCACCUACGACGAGCCCCCUGCUAUCUCGUCUCGCUCAUCGUCCUCCAACACCGCAGAAGCCGCCGACCCGGAGAACCCGUCUGCGGGUACGAUCAAGCGCAAGAAGUCCCGGAGCUACGUGCCUCCGGACGACGAGGACGAAAGCGAAGGCACACAGGCGGACGCGGAGUACACAAGUGCCCGUGCCGGGUCUUGGUCGUCUCUGGACGGCCGGCGGCGAAGCGUGCACUCCUCGGGCGUCCGUCGGAUCGAGGCCGACGACUUUCGGCGACACAGCAUGGCGGUAUAG